CCCCCAAUUGCUAAAUCCUCUCCUCUCCCAGAUCCCCUAUUUCCUCUCCUCCCAUAAACUCCACGCUCUCGCGUUCCCUCCCCCCAUUUCAAACCCAGCCGCGUCGCGCACGGGAGGCGAGCAGCCGAGGGGAUCCCCCCCCCCCCCCCCCCCCGCUUCGAGCACCGAUCGAAGCGAAGGCGAGGCGCCGGGGCGGUCUCGGGGUCGGAGACGAGGCGGGGAGGUGAGGGGAGUCCGGAUGGUGGAGGCCGGCGCGAGCUUCAUGGAUAAGGUCGAGGCGGCGGCGGACGAGGGCGGCGGCGUGGACAAGGGCGAGGGGGAGGAGGAGAUUGGGGAGAUGGCGCCCGUGGAGCCGCUGCCGGAGCCCCCCGACGACGGCGGGCCCGUCGCGUGGCCCAUGCCGGAUUUCUGCCCUCUCACGAUCGACGGGGCCGUGAAGGAGUCGUUCCUGGAGACCCUGCGGAAGGACGCGGCGGAGACGGAGCGGCCGCCGCGGGAGGGUGUGGAGGCCGAGGAAGUGAUGAGCCCGGACUCGCGGCCGUCGAGCAGCAAGCGCCACCGCACCGGCACUGCCUCGCCGUCGUCCCGGAGCAGCCCCUACCGCAACAUCCUGCAGGUGUUUCAGCAGUGCCGGCAGGACGUCGUCGGGGAGACUCCGGCGAAGAAUUGCUAGAGCGCAGAAACAGAGCACUGGAUCAGGCCGCGAUGUCACGGCUUCUCACCUCUUGCUUGAGAAAAAGUCCUUGUUAUUUUGUUCAGCCGAGCAGAAACAGAGCACAGGAUCAGGCCGCAUAUUGAUCGUGAUGCUGUGACUGAAAAAGGGGAUAGGGAGUUUGCAUUCUUGUGUAAAGAUUGGAUACAGAAGUUACGAAA